AUGCCCAUACCAACUUACUCUACUAUCGGUCACACUUGCUACGGGUGGGAUAAUGACACCAAGUCGAAGGGCAUUGGUACCGACAAUGCUCUGAUCGCCCAUUCGACUAGCGUCAUUUUCAUGGUGCGCGGCAACGGCGAGACGACGCACAUGAACGGUCAGCUGCAGGAGCCGAUGAACGUCACCGAUAUCAACGCGACAUUUGCAAAUGGGAGGAAGCAUGCUCUUUGA